GUGAUUCCUCGAACAUCAUUUUCGCCCUGAAUUCCCAACAAUCAUCAAACCAAACUGAAUCAAGAUGAUUGUUACUUCAAGACUUUUCUCUGUCUUGCUAUGCCUGACAAUCACUUGGACCCGAGCUACACCCACCGAAUCUACAAGUUCAAGCACUCUUCGCUACAUAGCUGGAGAUGACCUCAACAGCAUAAUCCAGGGUAUGACAUAUGAUGAUCUCAGCGUCUUUCAUCUCGGUUCCGACGGUGUCCUCCGAACCUUCGCAAACAAUCUCACAGUCCUCGACUACCACCAACUCGACGUGGGCCAAGUCCAGAAACUCGCUUCAGAGCAAGCAGCCCAGUAUCAGGCAAGUGGCUCUGAAGUACCAGCAUCGCUCACACAACUUGCCGAGUCUCCUGUCGAUGGUCGUCUGACUGUUGAUAUCAACGCUCUUAUGAAUCCUGAUGACAAACCAAAUGUUACUCCGAUCACUGGGACUACACCGCGCUCUGUUGAUUUGGAGAAUCUUUUUGAGAGGCAGGUUGUCUGUCCUGGAGUUCCUGGUUGCAUGAGUUUGGCGGACUGUACUCCUUAUAAUUGCUUUGCUUGUUUUUACCCUAGUGGCCCGCCCUGGGGAACUUGCUUUCUUUCUGGAAACUAGAAAGUUACUGGCGGAAGUGUGAGAUGGAGAUAUGCGAUGAAUGAGAUUUGGACUUGGGACGAGUGGAACUUUCUAUAUCUAUCUUUGCCGUAGAUGCGCGAUUGGAAGGAUUGACACGCUCGCUAUUUUGUAACUUGAAGGAGAAAUUGAG